UCGCGAGUCGCAUCGUGCGGUCCGGCUCACGACAGACGACAGCAUCACAUUCUCCUCACGCCGCCGCCGCUCGCCGCGGAUCACCACCAUGCCCCCGCUUCCGCGCAUCUUCGCCUCCGUCAGACACAUCUGCUCCAGCUCCGCCUCCGCCUCCGAGCUCGCCCCGGUACCGACCGCCGUCUCUGACGCCGCCUCCCGCGCGGCAGUCGCCGUGCUCCGCGCCCCGCGCUUCGAGCCCCGUCUCCUGUCGCUCGUCCCACGCCAGCUGCUCUUGGAGCCGAGCUGCGUCCGCCAAACCCUCUCCCGCCUCCUCCCCUCCCCUGAACCCUCGCUCCGCUUUCUCCUCUUGCUCGCCUCCCACCUCCCCGCCCCGGCUGACGCCCCUGCCCCUUCGCCGCACCUCCCCGGGGUCGACGCCUUCCUCCUCAGCCUGCAGCCACAUCUCGCCGCCGAUGCCGCCGCGCUGCUAGCCUCUCACCUCGGCCUCCACCCCUCCCUGCCCGCACUCAACGCGGCAUCCCGUGCCGCUCUCCGGGCCGCGCGCCCCGACCUCGUUUUCCGCCUCUUUUCCACCUUCUCCUCCUCCCCUGCAUUUCCAGGCAACGCCGACACCGUCGCCUGCCUCGUGCGCGCCUGUGCAGCCGAAUGCCGCCCGCUUGACGGUCUUCGCCUCCUCCGGGAUGCUGCACGACGUGGCUCCCCUCCCUCAUCGGCUGCUGCCGCCGACCUUAUCACGUCCUUUGUGGCAAUUGGCAACUUCACAAAGGUGUCUGAGACGCUCCACCUCAUGCUCUCUGCGGGAUGUCCUCCAGCUACGUUUGUCUACCAACGGGUCAUAGCUGGCCUCUUUGCGCAUGGGAUGGGCGGCGAGGCCCUUCGUGUCUUCAAUGAAAUCAAGCUGCGUGGUUAUGCCAUAGAUGUAGUCACUUACACCACAGCGCUCACCGGUUUAUGUAAAAUGGGCCACAUUGCCAAUGCGCAGCAGAUGUGGGAUGAGAUGGUGGACAAAGGUAUACAGCCCAGUGAGUAUGCAUAUUGCUCUUUUCUUGAUUACUAUUGUGAAGCUGGUGAUUUUGGAAUGGCUCUCAAGGUGUAUGAAGAAAUGCUUGAGAUGGGAUUCAAGGAGAGCACAGUUAGCUGUAACAUUAUAGCCAGAGGGUUUUGUGUUCAUAGGAGGGUGGACGAAGCAGUUGGGGUGUUUGAUGGAAUGGAUACAAAAGGGAUUCAACAUGAUGUGAUCACUUAUAACACGUUGAUUCAGGGCCUAUGCAAGGUUGGGAGGUUGGCUGAGGCAAUAGGGAUGUAUCAGCGGCUACUGUCAUCUGGUUUGGAGCCAAGUGUGCAGACCUUCACACCACUCAUUGACACCUUAUGCGAGGAUGGACAGGUCGAUCAUGCUGUUGAAUUACUUACCUUGAUGCAGGCUAAGGGCUUGGAACCGUUGGAACGUAGCAACGAUAGUGUCAUCAACGGGUUCUGUAAGGUCGGGCGGGCUGAUGAUGGUAUGGCAUGGUUGGCUAGCAUGUUGAAGAACAAUCUGAAACCUCAGGAACAGACGUUAAAUUAUUUGCUGGAGUCGCUGAGCAAAUCCGAGCGAAUGGAUGAUGCACUGCUGAUUCUGAAUACAAUGUUUAAAGCUGGAUAUGAAUUAGGCAGUUUGGCUUCUGCUAUACUUGUUGAUAAGUUAUGCACAGGCAAUCUACCUUGUCCCCAAAAGUUGGAGCAUAUUUUGGUGAGCAGCUAGUGGCAUUUGGAUGCCUUGCAAAUCGUACAAAUGUUCAUUUGCUUUUCCCCUGGAUUGAUGUCUUUGAGAAAUGUUUUUAUGUGUGUUGUCCAAAAGGCUACACAAAUGACUUGCGUAGAAAUUUAGAAUCCUAAUGACCAGGAACUUGACUUCUGAGGUUCAUAUUAAGAUUAUUACUUGGCCUUCGACCAUUCCAGUAAAUCCCUGGAUUAAUAGCAAUGUGCAACCGCAACGGUUGUGAGUAACAGCUCUAAGAGGUGGUGACAGCAGUGAUUGGCGUUGAUGGCUAGCAUUCUUCUUUGGCCCUGUAAUAAUCCAAAUGCCUGUGAUGGUGGAGAUCUAUCGAACAGCGCCGUAGCACCUUCUUCAGGAACUGCAAUGUGCACUUCAAGAUGGCCAUAGAGCUCUCUGAACACAAUCUUUGUGGCCCUUACGUCACCAUUCUCUGCAUCUCCAUCCCCAGGCUGUUUGCCUUCCUUACUGCACAGAUUCCACUUGAUAGUUGAUAAUUCCUGGAAUAUCAAGUUCAAGAGCAAGGAGUUCUUUUUCUAAGCAAUUAUAGAAGUUGAUGCACGAUAAUGUUUCACAAGUUAUGCGCUGUUAUAGGAUGCAUACCCUUAACCACGAAAGGCGUGAUACUGCCUUGAUGGCAGCUGAGCUGAGACUCAAGGGCACAGGUGAACUAAUGAAGGAGACUCGGAGUACAUUGGUUUAUUUCUACUAAAUUAAUUUCUCAUAGAGGGUCCUAUUUGAUUCUUAUAUAGAGGCCUGAUAAUCGAAACUAAGUACUCCCUCCAUUUCUAAAUAUAAGUCUUUUAAGAGAUUUCACUAGGUGUCUACAUACGGAGUAAAAUAAAUGAAUCUACACUCUAAAGUAUGUCUACAUACGGAGUAAAAUAAAUGAAUCUACACUCUAAAGUAUGUCUACAUACAUCCGUACGUAGUCCAUUUGUAAAACGUCUCGAAAGACUUAUACUCCGUAAUGAACGGAGGGAGUAAUGAAUUGAAAAAUGAUAUGUCUAAUUGUCUUAAGGCCCAAGUUAAUGUGUACUGUCCUAAUUUAAAGGAUCAAAUACCUAACUGGGAACUUAAGCUAUCUCUGCACUCGCCUGUAUGUCCAGUCCAUGUACUUCCCUACAUAGCAAAUUCAGAGAAGUUUUGGUAUUUCGUUCCUCUAUGUGCACUAGUUUUGCAUAUAUGCUGACCACAGUUUAACCUCAGAAUGACAAGUUAUCCAUGCCGUGCUAGUCAUUUUUGUAUCAACUACUGCUAAGUGUUAUUUCGCAAAUGGCAACAUGACUGGGUUUAGUAUAGUAUAGCUUUUAUUGUAUAGCUGCUUUAUGAAAAUUCCCAGCUUGGUACAUUGAUGCUACAAAAUUCAAUGGGAUGCUGUGAAUUUGAACUCUUUACGUGAAAAACGCUCUUGUAUUAUGGGACGGAGGGAGCAGUAAAAAUCGUAAUUUCUUGCUUGCCCCUCUUAAUAUGUGUUAGGAAGGAAUCCAUAUUUUAUUCUUGUUCUUUA